UUGGAAAUGGAAAGCCGCAAGCGUCCAUCUAGUGAAUUUUUCAAGGGAGCUCGUAAAAGUGCUAGAGGAACGUACAGUAACGCCUCUUCAUGGUCUUCAUUGCGUAGUAGUAAUUCAACGUUUCUUGGCAGUGGCACGGGAGCAGGCGUUCGUCCAUACCGAUCGCCGAGAGGAGGCAUUGGUCUGUACGGACCUUCGAGAGGAGGUAUAGAUCCGUACGGAUAUAUGGGAGAAGGCGUUCACCCAUACGAUUCUCUGAGAGGAAGCGUCAGUUCAUAUGGAUCUCCGAGAGGAGGUUAUGUUGAUCCAUAUGAGUCCUUGAGAGGAGGCGUUGAACCAUACGGAUCUUCCAGAGGUGGCAUUGAUUCAUAUGGAUCUCCGAGAGGAGGCAUCGGUCCAUACGGAUUUUCCAGAAGAGGCGUUGAUCCAUACGCACCUCCUAGACGAGACUUUGAUUCAUACGGAGCUCCUAGACAAGGCAUUGAUUCAUACGGUUCUCCGAGAGGAGCACGAAAUUAUGACCACCGAAAUCGGCUUUCGCCAUCAUCAUUUUCUGAGUAUGGUGACAUGACGGCGAUGAACGUGCAUAAUUAUGGUAAUAAUGACUCAGAUGAAUAUUGGAGUAACACACCAAAUGCAUAUACACCAUCAUAUGUCCAGUCCGCCUAA